CUUUGGAUGUCAUUUUGGUAUUAUGAAAUCGCUUCUGCUAUGACACAUCAUAAAUAUUUUAUUUGAAUAUCAUAGCUUAAGUGAAUGUUUUUUUGCCAAAUUUAAAAUUAAAACAUGCCGAAAUAUUACAGGUUCAGAGCGACAACGCCUACUCGUAAGGCAAGGCAAAUUAAGGAGAAAGAUAUUAAGAGGGAAGUACAAAAGGUUAAAAAUAUGGCAACCUUUGACAUCCUGGGCCUUACGCUGGUGUGCGCGGCGCCAUCUUGGUACCUGCGCCGCACCGCGUGGCGCGAGAGCCCCACGAUCGCAGGCCCGCUGCGGCAGCUCUCGUCUGUCGCUGGACGGGCCGUCUUCAUCGUCAAGCCAUCGUGGUGA